AUGGUGACCCCAAGGACUGUGGUUGGUGUCGUAGGAAACGUCAUAUCUGCGUUUCUGUUCCUCUCCCCAAUCCCUACGUUCAUCAAGAUAUGUAAAAAGAAAGAUGUGGAAUCAUUCGAUCCAAAGAUUUACCUUGCGACGGUGUUGAACUGUCUGUGUUGGUGUUACUAUGGACUGCCGUUUGUUAAUCCAAACAGCAUUCUGGUAGUCACCAUUAACGGAGCUGGGCUACUAAUAGAGCUUAUAUAUCUUGGCAUAUUCGUUUUUUAUGCUCCUCCAAAAGGACGGAGGACGGUUUUCAAUUGGUUAGUACCUGAAUUUGUUUUCUUUGUGGCUGUUGUGGUUGUAACUAUGUUGACAAUAUCCGAGCAUGAGAUGGCGAUGAAUAGACCUUUACGGGCUGUCGUGGUUGGUAUUAUAUGUGAUAUCUUCAAUGUCAUCAUGUAUGGCUCUCCGCUGUUCAUUGUGAAAAAGGUCAUCAAAACUAAGAGUGUGAAGUACAUGCCAUUCACUAUCUCAUUGGCCAACUUCAUGAAUGGUUGUUGCUGGACUGCAUAUGCUCUUCUUGGGAAAGUUGACUACUUCAUAUUGAUUAGCAACGGUCUUGGUGCAUUUUUUGGACUAGUGCAGUUGAUAGUCUAUGGGAUUAUUUCGGGAUGCUACACACCAAAUGAUGAAGACGAUCCUAGCAAGCCAACUAAUGAAGUGCAACUCUCUAGCAAUGUCUAG